AUGUCGGAAUCACAGUUCAAAGUCAACGCCGGGUUGGCCCAGAUGCUCAAGGGCGGGGUGAUCAUGGACGUGGUCACCCCGGAACAGGCGAAGAUCGCCGAGGCCGCCGGCGCCUGUGCGGUGAUGGCGCUUGAAAAGAUCCCCGCCGAUAUGAGAAAACUGGGCCAGGUGUGCCGGAUGCUGGACCCGAAGAUGAUCAAGGGGAUCCAGGAAGCUGUGCUGAUCCCCGUCAUGGCUAAGGUGCGGAUCGGCCACACCGUCGAGGCGCAAAUCUUACAGGCGCUCUCCAUCGACUAUAUCGACGAACUGGAGGUUUUGACUCCUGCUGAUAAGCAAAAGCACAUCACCAAGAAGGACUUCUCGGUGCCGUUUGUGUGUGGCGCUAAGGACUUGGGCGAAGCUUUGAGACGGAUUAAUGAAGGGGCGGCGAUGAUCCGCACUAAGGGCGAAGCCGGAACCGGUGACGUUUCAGAAGCGGUGAAACACAUUACCGUGAUUAAGGAUGAAAUCGCCCACUACCGCGACAACUGCCACACCGACGCCGACUACCAAAGAGUCGCCGCCGAAUUGAGAGUGCCCGUCGACCUCUUGAAACAAGUGUUGGCCGCCGGUAAAUUGCCCGUGGUCAACUUUGCUGCUGGCGGUGUUGCCACUCCCGCCGACGCCGCGCUUUUGAUGCAAUUAGGCUGUGACGGUGUGUUUGUUGGCUCCGGUAUUUUCAAGCUGUCGAACCCCGCCAAGUUGGCCAAGGCGAUCGUCGACGCCACCACCCACUACAACGACCCGCUUAAGCUUGCCGAAGUGCUGACGGACUUGGGCGACUUGAUGGGGGGCAUUGCCAUCGGUACUAUUGACGACAAGGCGCGGUUGCUGAAGAUCGGCUGGUAA